AUGGAACUCUGGCCGGCUGACUGCACACUGCUGCAGCUGCUACUCCUGUUGCUGCUUGUGCAGCUGAGCUGCACGGCCAAGUUCUAAGCCAAGAUCACCCUGUACUGCAUGCUCUGCUUUAUGGUCGUCACCGUGGCCAUGUUCACCUGCCUGCUGUGUCACUGUGGCCAGAUAGUGGAGAAUGUGAGCAUCAUCAGUUGGCGCAUCCAGUCCUUCAAGUACAUAUACUGCAUUCACUUUGAGAUUAAGGGCCGCGAGAAGCUGGAGGUGGACCACCCCUGUGUCAUCAUCUCUAACCACCAGAGCAUCCUGGGCAGUGGUCUCAUGGAGGCCCUUCCUGUGCAGAUUGCCAAGCAGGAGCUGUUCUUCAUAGGAUGCAUGAGCCUGAUCAUUACCAGGACCAUGAUGGCACACGUGGGCUUGGGCAUGGUCAGAGAGAACCUUGAAGUGUGACUCUACCCUGAGGGCAUGUGGAACGACAAGGACCUGCUGCUUUUCAAGAGAGGAGCCUUCUACCUGGUGAUCUGAGUCUGGUUGCCCCUCACCUCUGUGUUAUACUCUACCUUCUCCUUCUGCAACCCCAAGAGGAAGCUCUUCACCUCUGGAAUGGUCAAGAUGAAGGUGCUGGAUGCCAUCCCCGCCAGCAGCCACCCUGUGGCUGAUGUUCCCAAGCUCAUGGACACCAGCUGCUAUGAGCUUGGGAACAUCCAGGUCCCAAGGACCACCUUCUCCUGCAUGUCCAAGAUACCCCAGAAAAACGGGGCCACUGCAGGGCCUGGUGCCCAGCCAGCCCAGUAG